AUGGUUUUCUUUGAUGGAUCUCAUCUUCUUUGCAAGGCAGCAGUUCUCUUUGGGUGGCUUGGCAUCAUCACCACCACAUCAGAGAAAGCAAGCUUUUGGUAUGAUACUUGGUCGUCCUAUGGUCCACUUAUAAAGCGUUUGGGAGUAGAGGGACCAAGAGAGCUCAGAAUUCCCAUUGAUUCUACAGUUGCUCAAGUUUGCGAUGCAAAUGGCUGGCGUCUCCCUCCUUCACGAUCUCAGAACAGAAGUGACCUCCAAAAUCAUUUGCUUACAGUUCCCUUACCGUCAACUGUGGCUGAGAAUGAUUACUACUCCUGGGUGAUUCAUGAUAAGCAGUUUCAGUCCUUCCCCACGGCUAAAACAUGGGAAGCACUAAGACCAUCUAAAGCGCAUAAGAACUGGGCUUCUUCUGUCUGGUUCAAGGGAGCUACUCCUAAACACUCCUUCACUAUGUGGGUGGCGCAGUUGAGUAGAUUGCCAACUAGAACAAGACUUGCUUCUUGGGGACUACAAAUUCCUGUCUCGUGUUGCCUCUGUGGUAGAUUUAAUGAAACCCAAGAUCACCUUCUGCUGACUUGCGUGUAUAGCGAACAGGUGUGGGACUUGGUUCUCACUAGACUUCGCUUAUCUCCUUGUGUAUUCUACACUUGGGAUUCUCUUCUCGCUUGGACAAGGAUGAAAACAGAGUUUGCACCUCCGAUUCUUCGGAAACUAGCUGCCCAGUCAGUGGUGUACAACAUUUGGAAACAGAGGAAUAAAAUCCUCCACAAUCAGCUCCACGUCACGCCAGAGGAACUUUUCAAUGGUAUUGACAAGGAGCUCCGCAACACAAUCUUGGCCAGAAGAUCCAGGAAGCAAUUCAGGGACUUGAUGGCACUCUGGAUUCGAUAA